AUGGAUAAAAGCUUUGGGGAUUGUUCAAUUCCACAAGAAAAGUCGAAUGUUGAUAUAAACGAGGAGUUGGAGUUAUCUGAAGCAACUGGAAGUUUUGUGAAUGCAUUGGCUGGAUCACUUUAUGGAAUUAUGGAAAUCCAAUCCAAUUGCAUUUGCGUUUUGCAGGGCAUAAGAGUUGUGACUGGGCCAAUAGGAUGUCUCCUAAUUGUCAAGAACUACACUGGUGACCGAUUAAAUUUUGGAUUGGCAGCUGAGGAAGCAAAGUCUGAAGGUUACAAAGUAGAGAUGGUGAUUGUUGGAGAUGAUUGCGCUUUGCCACCCCCACGGGGCAUAGCUAGGCGAAGAGGUUUGGCUGGAGCCAUUCUUUUCCACAAGAUUGCAGGAGCAGCAGCUGGUUCUGGUCUUCCUCAUUCUGAUAUUGUUGCUGAAGCAAGGCAUACAUGUGGAGUUGUUGGUAUAAUGGGUGUUGCACUCUCGGUUUGCACGCUUCUAGGUCAGCCGAAAUCCGACCGUUUAGGCCCAUGA